CCCCCCCCCUUCCUCCUCCUCCUCCUCCUCCCCCCCCCCCCGCCCCGACGCCGCUUGGGCUCGUCCUCCCCCCCUCCCGGCCACCAUGAGCGACCAAGAGAGUCCUGAGGAGAUGGCGACAGUGAAGCCCGAGAAGGGCGAAGGAGAUGCCAGCAGUAACAGCAGUGCAGGCAGUGGGGAGGGCCAGGAAUCGCAGCCUUCCCCGCUGGCUCUGCUGGCAGCCACCUGCAGCAGGAUCGAGUCUCCCAACGAGAACUCCAACAGCUCCCAGGGCCAGCAAGGCGGGAGCGGUGAGCUGGACCUCACAGCCGCCGCCGCUCAGAUAGCCCAGUCCGCCAACGGCUGGCAAAUAAUUUCUGCCGGCUCCAGCACGCCGACAGCCUCCAAAGAACAGGGCAGCAAUGGCAGCAAUGGCGGAGAUGCCUCCAAAAGCCGGCCCGUGAGCGCGGGGCAGUACGUGGUCACGACCACUUCCAGCCUGCAGAACCAGCAGGUGCUCACAGGCCUGCCGGGAGUUAUCCCAAAUAUCCAGUACCAGGUCAUUCCCCAAUUCCAAACCAUCGAUGGGCAGCAGCUCCAGUUUGCCACCACCCCUGCCCAAGUCAACGUGCAGCAGGAUGCCUCUGGUCAGCUCCAGAUCAUCCCCGGCACGAACCAGCAGAUCAUAACGAGCCGAGCGGGGACGAGUAACCUCAUCGCCAUGCCAAACCUGCUGCAGCAGGCCGUUCCCAUCCAGGGCGUGGGCUUGGCCAACAACACCCUCUCAGGGCAAACCCAGUACGUGGCCAACGUCCCCGUGGCUCUGAACGGCAACAUCACCUUGCUGCCCGUCAACAGCGUGGCCGCCAGCCUGGCUCCCACCUCUCAGACGGUCACGUUGAGCAGCUCCGGCUCUCCAGACAGCAGCUCCCAGCCGGCCACCUCAGGCGCUGCCAUCAGUUCCACCAACACGGCCACGUCUCAUGCUAGUUCUGGCGCCUUUUUUACCAACGCCAACAGCUAUUCCACCACCACCACCACCAGUAACAUGGGCAUCAUGAAUUUUUCCACCAGCGCAACGGUGGGAACCAACGUCCAGGCGCAGACGCCCCAGAGGGUCAGCAGCGUCCAGAGCUCGGACUCACUGCAGAGCCCAGUUUCUGGGGUGGCUUUGCAGCCGGGGCAGCAGAAAGAGGGGGAUCAGAGCCAGCAAUCACAACAGCAGCAGCAGAUCCUGAUCCAGCCGCAGCUAGUCCAAGGAGGGCAAACGAUCCAAGCCCUCCAGACCACCCCGCUCUCUGGCCAGACCUUUGCCACUCAAGCCAUCUCCCAAGACGCCUUGCAGAACCUGCAGCUCCAAGCUGUCCCCAACUCUGGGCCCAUCAUCAUCCGAACGCCCACGGUGGGUCCCAACGGGCAGGUGAGCUGGCAGACCAUCCAGCUCCAAAACCUUCAGGUUCAAAACCCCCAGGCCCAGACAAUCACCUUGGCCCCCAUGCAGGGAGUGUCACUGGGGCAGACGGGCAGCACCAGCACCACGCUCACCCCCAUUGCCUCCCUCCCCAGCGGCACUGUCACUGUCAACGCUGCCCAGCUCUCCUCCAUGCCAGGCCUCCAGACUAUUAACCUCAGUGCCUUGGGAGCGUCUGGGAUCCAGGUGCAUCAGCUGCAAGGGCUGCCGCUGGCCAUAGCAAACACUGCCGGUGACCACGGUGCUCAGCUGGGUCUUCACGGCACGAGUGGAGACGGGCUGGGAGACGAGAACGCGGCUGUGGAGGAAGGAGAGACCAGCCCGGACCCGCAGCCCCAGCAAGGACGGAAAGUGCGGAGGGAAGCGUGUACCUGCCCCUACUGCAAAGACAGCGAGGGAAGGAGCUCUGGGGAUCCAGGUAAAAAAAAGCAACACAUCUGCCACAUCCCGGGCUGCGGGAAGGUGUACGGCAAAACCUCUCACCUCCGGGCUCACCUGCGGUGGCACACUGGCGAGCGACCCUUCGUCUGCACCUGGAUCCUCUGCGGGAAGCGUUUCACCCGGAGCGAUGAGCUGCAGCGACACAAGCGCACGCACACUGGGGAGAAGAAAUUUGCCUGCCCGGAGUGCCCCAAACGCUUCAUGCGGAGCGACCACCUCUCCAAGCACAUCAAGACCCACCAGAACAAGAAGGGAGGUGCGGCCAACAACGUGGCCAUGAACGUCUCCGCCGUCCCCAUGGACACGGGGGCCUCGGCAGAGGGUAACGGCGGGGCCACCCCCUCGGCCCUCAUCGCCACCAACAUGGUGGCCAUGGAAGCCAUCUGCCCCGAGGGCAUCGCCCGCCUGGCCAGCAGCGGCAUCAACGUGAUGCAGGUGGCCGACCUCCAGUCCAUCAACAUCAGCGGCAACGGGUUCUGAGGGCGAAGCGGGACGCGGGCACCGGUGGGCGACACGGCGGCGCCGGGCGGCACGGGGCCGAGAGGCGAGCGGAGACGGAGCCGGGAGCUAUUUUCACCGCGAGGGCGACGUCCCUUGUCACCCUCCAGCACUAAAGCCCAGCUCCUCUUACCUGGGAUCGCAGCCCUCCUUGAGCUGUCUGACCUCCGGGGCCCGGUGACCACACACGAAGGCCAGAGCUAUAUAUAUAUUUUUUAAUUUCGGCUUGACCUUAUUUUUUUUUUUUUUUUUUCCCCCUCUCCCUCCACUCCCUCCCUGAGAUCCGUCUGCCCCUCCGUAGCUAGCCUUCGACGCCAUCAUGCCUUGGUAAAAGUAUAUGAUUCUUGAAAUACUUUUUAGGAAAAAAAAAAAACCAAAAAAACCAAAAAAAAAAAAAAAGGAAAAAAAAAAAAAAAAAAGAUUCUAUAUUAUUAUUAUAUAUAUAAAAAUAUAAAAUGUGUUCGUUUGAGAGAGGAGAGAUUUUGCUGCGACCAUGGUUUGGUCUCUUUGAUGCCUUAUCUUGGGACAGGUUGACCCUCUGGGGCAGUUCGGACAGUGCCCGAGCUGUCCUUCAGACCUUAUAUUACAUUUUAAAUUGUAAUCUUAAAAAAAAAACACCCCGACCCCCUGGUCUUUUUCAUACGCUUUGCUUUUAGGUUGUUCUUUAAUUUCUUUGUAAUUAUUUGGGUGAGGUUUUGCUUUUGUUUUUUUUCUCCCCCUUGUAAAAACAGCUGCCCUCUCCCUGCCCUUCACUGGACUUUUUGAUCUUUAUUUUCCAGCGAUCUUCUUCGCGAAGAUCCUUUUCUUCCGGCUUUUCUAAUCCUCGCUCUGGCGGGCUGAGCGGUGACUCUACAUGUGGAAUCGAUUUGUAAAGGGUUUCGUGCAGGUUCACUCGAGCUAUUUAGCAGAGGGUCUGGGACCUGGUGCGUUGGGGUACGGUGGGAGACGGCUCGGGAGGUCCUCCUCGGGGAAAAUACCUAUUUUUUUUCGGCCACCAUUGGUCUCGAGAAUAAUAAUAAUCCUGAAAAAUCAGCACCUCCAGAGCUGGUCGGCAGGAGACGGCACUUUUCCACCCCGAUGAGGUCCCAGCGGUGAGGGUGAAGCAUCGAGGGGACACGGGAUGGGGCCGUCACCUCGUGGGUCUUGCCGUGACGCUGCUGGAGGUGGCUCCUCGCGCUUCCUCCUGAAAGAAAAAAAAAAAAAAAGGGUGUGGGAAAUGGGGACAGUUUGGGGAAAACCCUUUUGGUUUUCCAAUACCUGGCUUUUCCCACCCCGGGAGGACCGGGAUGGCUGUCUUCUUCCGUUCUUCCUCCCACACCCUCCUCUUCCUGCUCCAGUCCAGACAAUAUCUGCCCUUUCCCCUCCGGCAGUAAACAGGCAGGGGCUCCCCUGCCCGCCGCAGGAAGGAGCCGUGGGGGGGGGCCAGCACCGUCCCCCCGAUUCCAGGGGGGAUUUCAUCUCAGGGUGACGCAGAGCGCGCGGGGCAGCUUUAUUUUGUCCCCGAAACAAGGCAGCGGUGGGACGUGGAUCCCAACCACCCCCUCGAAGGCUGCAGGGAGCCGUUCGGUGAAAUCUCUUCUUGUUUUCGAGCAGAAAUUUCGGGGUGAGAUGAGCAAGAAGUGGGUCUGAGCUGUAGAGGAGAGAGCUCCGCCGGGAAGUUUAGAGGAGAGCUAAGCAGAGCGUUGGUCAUAGGAAAAACCCUGGGAUGUGGAAACCAACCCCAGUUCAGAGCUGGAGAGGGGGUCGAGCUCACGUUAGUGGUUCGGAGAGGUGGAGGCGGCCGGGGGCAUCCUGUCUCGCUGGGUCAGGUUUGUCGCGUGUAUCCCCUUUGUUCACGGGGGGAAAGCCGGCACAGAGGCGAGAAGCCCCCGCUUUUGCUCGCUGAUCUCGGAUCCGAGAAUCCCACCUGCCAAAGGCAUCUUCCUCCCUCCCCACCCGAACACGCGGGGUUCUGCUGUAUCAUUUUCUAGAACCAUUUUAUUUUUCCCGGCCUGAGGAUAACCAGGAAAUUUCCCGGGAUGCUGAGAGCGGCAGUCCCCACCGCUGUGCUCCCCGCUCCCGGAGAUGUCUCCUUCUGCCCUGGGCUGCCUGGUGGGCUUCGGCAGAGCUGGGACCGCCAGGAGGGAGAUGCCGACUUGCGGCUGAGGUUGCCAAAAUUGCUCAGGUGGGCUGGAAAGGCCUUUGGAGAGGAGUUAAACCAGCGCUCCCCAGCCGGGGCACCCCCAGGAGAGCUACCGGGGCUGAAUUUUCUACCGAACCCCGAGUUCAUCCGUGCUCGGAUGCUUCUCAUGGUGGGGUGGGCUCGCCGGAGCCAGGGAACCCUCCGAAUCCACACCAGGGACCCCCCCCCGGGGCUGAACCAUCGGUGGCAAAACCCAGCCAAACUGUGAAGGGCAAAGGUGUUUUUACCUUGGUUUUUUUUUUUAAGAAAAAAAAAAGAAAAAGCUCUGCAGGGAGGGAGGCGGUGAGUGUGGCGAUUCCUCUGGCCGAUCUUUCCGCUCUCUCUCUCUCUCUCUCUCGAUAUAUAUUUUUGCAUUUGUAUAUUUUUAUAUAGGAAACUUUAAGCAUUUGUAUUUUAAUAAUCUGUGAAGCACUAUGAGUUCCCCAGCGCGUCGUGUCCGUCUCCUCCCCCCCCCUUGAUACUGGAAGCUACAGAGAAUUGGUAGAAAACAGGAAUUUAAUUUUUUUUUUUAAUUUAAUUGUUGAUAUUUUCUUUUUUUUUCUUCCUUAACCCUACCCUGUAACGUGGGGGUCCCUGAGACCCCCAUCCCCGAGACCCCCGUGCUCGCCGGCUCUGCUCCGUCCCAGCCCACCCCGUGCCGAGCGGGAAUCAAGUGCCAAACCCAGAUCCCGAAACCUCACCAAGGCUCUGCCGUGGAGUUUUGGGGUGUCCCGUGUUGUCAUGUCCCCCCCCCGCCCCGGUGCCGUUCCCCAUCAUCCCUAAUGGAGCUUAAUUUUCCUAUGGAAACGCGGCCGGGAGGGAGGGGGGGCCCUUGGCGGGGUCCCGGGGGACCCUGGGGACAGCCGGGGUGGGCUCUGCGUGGAGCCCAGGGUGCUCGCCCUCCUCCGUGUUUUGGGGGGGGGUCAGAGGAUCUGGGCGGGGGGAUGCUGCUGGUUCUGCUCCCAGUGUCGGGGGCAGCUGGCCCCCAUCAUCCCCCUUUUGGCUCUGCAGCACCCCACAGCCCCUCCACCCCCCCAAAAACACCCCCAGCAGCCCCCCAAAACACCUCCAGCCAUUCCCGGGACGGGGGGGGGGGGGGGGACACACACAAAAACGUGCCUUGAUAAGGGGGUGACAGGCUGGGGACAAGCCCCCACUCCCCUCCCGCCUCCCCCAGACUUUUAUAUCCCCCCCCCCAAGGGGUUGGGGGGGGGGGAAAUUGGGGUGUCGGGGCCGUCCCCAAGGCUUCCCCCAUCUCCCAGCUUUAAUCCACCAUCACCCCUUAAUCUCGGGGGGACCGGGGCCGGUCGUCUAUGCAGCGGGGGGGGCGGGGGGGCAGGGGGGUCCCGCAGGAUCCGGCCCCUCCACACUGGCAAUAAUUCUCUUUCCCUGUCAAGACUGUUUGAUCUUGUCAUGUCUGUGCGAUAUAUUAAUUUUGGGGGGGUUUGUUUUGUUUUGUUUUGUUUUCUAAAAAUCCGGUGGCCGAUGUCAUAACACCCGAAACGCAUUUUUUGGGUUUGUUUGGGUUUUGUUUUUUUGUUUUUUUUUUUUUCUUCCCAAAGUGCUAUUUUUUUGUACAAAAAGACUUAGAUUAAAAUGUUAGUUUUUUGGGGCUCCUUUGUAAAUGGGGAAUGACGAUUUCUUUUUGUAAUAAACACGAGUCGCUGGCGUUGUCUGGAAA